GGCAUUUAAGAGAGGGACAGACACACGGGCGGGCAAGGCAGAGAGCCGGGGCUGUUAGCUAGCGCGGUGUGUGCGUGUGGCGGGGCGUGGGAAGCGGCCCCAGAGCUCGUAGGGGGGGGAAGGGGUUGGGGGUAAAGGUGACAGACAGGCAGACACAACAGAGCCGAGACCCCCCACACCCGCAGCCCCCUUUCCUCCAUUGCCACCUCUUCCCCCCACCCCCCCCUUCAAACUUCAGCGGUCGGUGUCCAGUUGAGUGGAGAUUCGAGGCUUAUUUGCUCACCCCACCUUCCCACCCCCCCCUCCCUCCCCAACCUCGAGUGCAAGCCCCCUUCCACCAGACGCCUGCCCAGGGGGUUCUGGUGACAGCACAUUGCCCCCUCCCUCCCUCUAUCACCCUACCCCAGGUUGACCCCCUAAAUACCCCCCUCCACCAUGCCCAUCUUACUUUUCCUCAUAGACACGUCCGCCUCCAUGAGCCAGCGCACCCAUCUGGGCACCACCUACUUGGACAUAGCCAAAGGCGCGGUUGAGACCUUCAUGAAGCUGCGGGCCCGCGACCCUGCCAGCCGCGGGGACAGGUACAUGUUGGUGUCGUUCGAUGAGCCGCCCUACGGUAUUAAGGCUGGCUGGAAGGAAAACCAUGCAACGUUCAUGAAUGAAUUGAAAAAUCUUCAAGCUGUAGGACUGUCAACCCUUGGCCAGUCUUUAAGGACAUCCUUUGAUUUAUUAAAUUUAAAUAGAUUAGUUACUGGAAUAGACAACUAUGGGCAGGGAAGAAAUCCUUUCUUUCUGGAGCCAUCAAUCAUCAUCACAAUUACUGAUGGGAAUAAGUUGACAAACAAUAGUGGUAUACAGGAGGAGCUCCACCUACCACUCAAUUCUCCCUUGCCAGGCAGUGAAUUAACUAAGGAGCCAUUUCGUUGGGAUCAGCGAUUAUUUGCCCUAGUCUUGCGUCUUCCUGGAUUGAUGCCCCUUGAAGCAGAGCAAUUGGGUAGUGUGCCAUCCGAUGAAUCUGCCAUUACACCUAUGUGUGAGGUUACAGGAGGUCGUUCAUACUGUGUGUGCACACAGCGAAUGCUGCUUCAGUGUCUGGAGUCACUUGUGCAGAAAGUGCAAAGUGGAGUGGUGCUGAACUUUGAAAAAACUGGUCCAGAUCCAGCACCUGUUGGUGAAGAUGGAGCUCUUGAUGCCCUUAAAUCCGCCCCUCCGUUUGGACCACAACUCUGGCACAGUUGUCACAAACUCAUUUAUGUACGUCCCAACCACAAAACUGGUGUUCCAGUUGGACAUUGGCCGAUCCCUGAAUCCUUCUGGCCAGACCAAAACUCUCCAACCCUUCCACCUCGUAGUGCCCAUCCAGUGGUGAAAUUUUCUUGUGUUGAUUGUGACCCAAUGGUUAUUGAUAAACUACCUUUUGAUAAAUAUGAGCUGGAGCCUUCACCUUUAACCCAGUAUAUUCUGGAACGCAAAUCUCCUCACAUCUGCUGGCAGGUGUAUGUGAACAACAGUGGAAAGUAUAGUGACCUGGGUCAUCCUUUUGGUUACCUGAAAGCUAGUACAGCUUUGAAUUGUGUUAAUCUUUUUGUGAUGCCUUACAACUAUCCUGUACUGCUUCCACUUUUAGAUGAUUUGUUUAAAGUGCAUAAGCUGAAGCCAGUUAUGAAAUGGCGACAGGCAUUUGAAAAUUACUUGAAGACAAUGCCUCCUUAUUAUAUUGGGCCUUUGAAAAAAGCACUGAGGAUGAUGGGAGCUCCGAACUUGAUUGCAGAAGGAGUGGACUAUGGUCUCAGCUACAGUGUCAUCUCUUACCUCAAAAAACUUAGUCAACAGGCUAAACUAGAAUCUGACCGAAUCAUAAGUUCAGUGGGUAAGAAACCACUCCAAGAGUCUGGCAUUAAAGUAAGAAACAGAAGCAAUGCCCUCUCAUUAACACAGCGCAAAGACUUGAGGCAAAUUCUGAUGGGCAUCACAGGGGAGCCUCCAUACAGACUUAUGGAUCUAAAUAUGAAGGAAUUUGCUGGCUUUCAAAUUGGGAUUCUGAAUAAGGAUUUGAAACCUCAGAGCUACAAGAAUGCUUAUGACAUACCAAGACGAAAUCUCCUGGAUCAGCUUACACGCAUGAGGUUAAACCUGUUGAAAACAGCACAUGGUCCAUUGAAAGGACAAGAUGAAGAUCAAAUGCAUAGUGUCCCAAUAGCACAGAUGGGAAAUUACCAGGAGUUCCUGAAACACGUGCCUUCUCCCCUACGUGAACUUGACCCUGAUCAGCCCAGGCGAUUGCAUACAUUUGGAAAUCCUUUCAAGUUGGACAAGAAGGGAAUGAUGAUUGAUGAAGCUGAUGAAUUUGUGUCCGGGCCUCAGAACAGAAGCAAGCGACCAAUGGAACUGAAUGUGGCAGGAAUUCCGAAAAGGCGUCGUUGUAUGUCACCUUUAUUGAAAGGGCGUCCACCAACACCACCAACAAUGGCUAAUCACAGUGGUGGCAAGGGCCCUCCCCUUAUACCAGUUAUACAGCCACAGGCAGACCUUAUAAAGCCAGUGGCUGUUAUUCAAGAGGCUGAAGAAAACCAGGCUAUGUGUGUUGACUAUGUUGAAAACAGUAUUGUGGACCCACUUCCAGUUGAAAUUCCACCCCAGAGACUCGAAUCAGCAUCACCUCUGAUCCAUUCAACAUCUGGCUCUGUGGAGUUUGCAGAAGAAUUUGCAAAUCACGAGAUGGAUGGUGGUCUUUUAGUGGUCAAUAAUAAUUCUAUUGGCAAUGUUGACCUUAACCACGAGGAAUCAAAGGACAGUGGAGUUUGUCAGGAUGGACUUUUGAACAGGUCUUCACCAAAUGCCAUUAAAACACUUAUGAGAUCAAAACAGCAAGAGACUAAUAUAGAGCUAAGGGCACAAAUUUUUAAGGAAAUCCGUAAACCAGGCAGGCAUUAUGAAAAUAUCUUCUAUUUAUUGAAACUAGUGCAAGGCAGUCUGGAGACACGGAUGGUAUUUGUACAAAAUGUCAUUAAAGAGGCAGCAAGGUUUAAAAAACGAGUACUGAUCGAAGAGCUUGAAGGGAUUUUGGAAGAAAUACAAAGUAAAUCCAGCCGGGUAAAUUAUAUCAACAACCGAUAAUGAAUCCUGAGAUGUGCGAGACUGGACUGUUUUCUGGUAUUCUCUUAAAAGCAUUUGAGAAAGCCACAUUGGACCACACAAGCUUACUUUUACUGUACUUUCACUCUGUGGUUAAAUUUGCCUUCACUUUUCUUUGCACGGUUAGACUUAUCUGGACCUUGGCAAAAGUAGUAUUAGAAAUGCCAUCUUUUGGUGAUAAAGGUGAUUGUAUGACACAUUCAGGACACUGGGCACGAGGCACAUUACUAUCUGAGCAGAUGACUUAUGUUAUUUUACCUUCAGAAAGACACCAUUCUGUAACAUUUGCUUUCUGUGAUUAACCAUUGUUUUUGUGUUGAAGCAGCUUGCCUCAGAAAUGGGAUAAAUCAUUUGGCAAAAGUGAACCCAAUUUGAUUUUCAUGUUGCAUGGAAUUAAAGGAGGAAAAGUCUUUUGUGUCCAAUGAAUUCCAAGAUGUGUUUUUGUCUUGUCUACAUUUUGUCACAGUUUCCUUCUGGCCUGACCUGGUUUCGCCAGGUCAAUCCUUCUGAUAAAUCUUUGGGAACUGGCCCUUAUCAAGAAAACUGUAUAAACAAUAAGGACAUUUGUCUUUUUUUAAAAAAACUGAUUUGCCUAAGACAAAUUAUUUUUGAAUGGAACAUUCUGUCGUAAAAGGCCAUAUUUUGAAGAUUAUUUAAAAUGCCUUUGUUACUAUUUCCUGCAUUAAAAAAUAUCUAUUUUA